CUUGGCCUGGCCCCUCUCCGCUCCUCGCCUCCUCUAUCCCCGUGGCCUGAGCGGCCGCCUUCGCCCCGUGCUCCUCCCGCCGCUGCGUCGCCUGCUUCGCACCCUGCGGCCACUACCAAAACAGAAACCCUACCCCUAACCCAAUCGUAGCUUCCGCUAAGCUGCCACUGCGUACUCCUACCGGCCGCAGACCCUCUCGCCCUAGCUGUCCCUCUGCGUGCCCGCGAGGCGCUGCGCCCCUGAACUAGGGUUUAGGCCCCGAGCCCAUGGAAUUCGGGGCGGACGGCGCCCGGUGGCCACCGCCGCGUGGCGAGGCCGCCGAGGCGUUGCUGCCGCCGCCGCCACCCCCGGGAGACCGCGGGGAGGUUGCCUCACCCCGCUUCGAUUCGUCUCGUGCCAUCAGAUUACUGAGAGAGCUUGGCACAAAUGUAACAGAAGAUUUGGUUGUGCUGAUGCCAAAUUUGCUGUCAUUUUUGAAGCAUGGUGAUCCUGCGGUUGUUAAACAAUCUAUAGCUAGUGGGACAAAUUUAUUUGCUGCUGUAUUGGAAGAGAUGGCACUUCAGAUUAACAAGUGCGGAAAACUUGAAGCUUGGCUUGAAGACUUGUGGGCUUGGAUGAAGCAGUUCAAAGAUGCAGUCUGUGGUGUAAUGCAUGAGCCUGGACAUAUUGCAACUAAAUUACUAGCUGUAAAGUUCAUUGAAACAUGGAUUUUGUGUUGCACAUCUCAAGCCAUCAGCGACCAAAUACAGCCAAUUGAAGGGGAAAACUGGAGAUUUGAUAUUUCACGAUUAUCUCAAUUUCAUCCUAGCCUUGAUCCUGUUGUUCUGGAAGCUGAUGCACACAGAGCUCUCAUCCUCCUCCUGGAUAUUCUGCAAUCAGCUUAUGCUCAUCGAGGAUCCUUCCUAGUUGGCACCAUUAAUUCUCUUGCAGCAAUUGUAAAGAAUCGGCCAAUUUACUAUGACCGUGUGCUGCCGGUGCUACUUGAUUUCAACCCUGGCUUGGAAACUGCAAAAGGUGCACAUUCAGCAAGCCUGCGUUAUGCCCUAAGAGCAGCCUUUUUGGGGUUUCUAAGGAGCCCUCACCAGGCAAUGGUUGAGUCCAAAGACAUCUUGGUGCGGCGGCUUCGUGCUCUCAGCCCCGGCGAGGCAAUGGAACAAAAUAUUAGGCAGGCGGAGAAGAUGUCUAGAAAUAUAGAGCGUGCUUCUCGCGCUACCAAGGAUGAGUCUCCAGCAUGGGAGAUGCCUUAUGGAGAUAAUCGGAAGAAACCUGCUGCUAGACCAAGUGAUGUUCUUGCUAUGUCUGAUGGCAUAGCUAAGAGAGCAAGAUUUGACACAUCUGCCACUUCAAACUUGCCAGUUCUGGGAUCCUCUGAUUAUUCUGAUAUGCAGACUGACAAUGAUGCCAAUGUGGGCCAUUUGUCUGAUCCAGCCAUUUUGAACAGUGAUCUGUCUCCUGUUGAGAAGAUGAUUGAAAUGAUUGGUGCUUUACUUGCUGAAGGAGAAAGAGGAGCUGAAUCCCUGGGUAUUCUUGUCUCAACAGUAGAGGCAGAUGUCAUGGCGGACAUUGUGAUAGAAACAAUGAAACAUCUACCAGGAGCCUCAUUUCCUUUAGCAAAAAAUAAUGGUGUCCAGAAACCGGAUUUUAAAUAUUCAUCUGGUCUCUUAACAGAGAACCUGACAGUCAAUUCAGAUUCGUCACUGUUCGCUGCACCAUCAACACCCACAGCUGAUGGAGUCAGCAUCUCACCAUCUGAUCCCCUUUUUAUGCCUGGUGUUCAUGAUGCUAAGCGUGAUCCAAGAAGGGACCCUCGUCGCCUCGAUCCACGGAGGAUAGUUUCACCUGCUGCUGUAAAUUCAUUACAGGUGAAGGUGGAAACUAAUAGCGUGCAUCAGACAGAUAAUUUGCAAAAUGCACUUUGCUCCAAUCCUGGGAAGGCUGAAAACUAUUCAGAUUAUUCAAGAGAUUUACCAAAAAAUGAAGUUGAACAUCACUCAGCUUCUCAACCCAAUCAAACAAUUGCCAAAGACAAGUCAGAGCUUUCAGAUGUUGCCACUGAGCCGGAGCCAACCUUUGAAGUUGAGGCACCAGUGGAUGUUGGGAUUCAUUCUUCUGAUGUCGAUGAAGAGAUGCCGAAUCCCAUGUCUUCAGAAGUUACUUCAAUUGAUGAAUCUGAUAGUUUGGAUUUAGAGGUUGACCCCUUUUUACCAGGUCCUGAGGCAUCAACACCAGAUGAUACGAAUCAUGACUUGGCAGUUAUUACAUCUCAUUUGGAACUAAGUGAUAAAGAGAAAUCCUUAUUGAACAAACUUGCCAUUGGGCGGAUAAUUGGUGAUUACAAGAAAGAUAGUCUCAAUGCCAGAUUUUCUUUGCUUGCACAUUUGAUUGCCCAGAGUGCUGAUGAUGAUAAUAUUAUGGAUUUGAUUCAGAGGCACAUUAUCUUUCAUUAUCAUGAUCAGAAGGGGCAUGAACUGGCAAUGCAUGUGUUGUAUCUGCUACAGAGUAUGAAUGUUGCUAAUUUGCCAGAAAGCUCUACCUCCACUUCUAAACAUUAUGAGAAGUUCUUUCUAUCACUUGCGAGGUCCUUGAUUGACUCACUGCCUGCUUCAGACAAGUCAUUUAGCAAACUUUUAUGUGAUGCACCAUAUCUGCCUGAGUCUUCAUUUAGAUUACUAGAGGGUCUUUGCAUGUCAGAAGACAACAGCCAACAAAUAAAGGACGGGGAUGGUGACCGUGUCACCCAAGGACUGGGGACUGUAUGGAGCCUUAUCUUGGGCCGGCCUCCGCUUCGCCAUGUUUGCUUGGAUAUUGCUCUGAAGUGUGCCAUCCACUCUCAAGAUGAAGUCAGGGGAAAGGCAGUUAGAUUGGUUGCAAAAAGGCUAUAUGAUCUGACAUACGCAACAGAAAAAAUUGAGCAGUUCGCCACAGAGAGUCUUGUAGGAGUUGCUAAUGAGCAUGAUGUGGACACAGAUAUUAGCUUGAGAUCCUUAAAAGAAUCUACAGCUGAGUUUGAGGUAGGCAGUCAGGAAACUUCAGUUAGCGGUUCUCAGAUUCCAGAUGCUGGGUGUUCUGAAAGUGGGUCACUCAAGACAUCAUUGGUUUCACUGAAACAGUCAGUAGUAUCAUUAUCUGAGGCAAAACGCCAUACGUCUCUGUUCUUUGCACUUUGCACAAAGAGGCCUAGUCUUCUUCAGCAUCUGUUCAAUGUUUAUGGAAGGUCUCCAAAAGUUGUCAAGCAGUGUAUCCAUUGGCAUAUGCCCAGCCUUGUAAGUAAUUUGGGGUCCUCAUGUCCUGAGAUGCUGAACAUAAUUCAUAAUCCACCUGAAGGCAGUGUACAUCUUAUUACCCUGAUACUGCAAACAUUGACUGACGAGUCAACUCCUUCAGCUGACCUAGUUGCUGCUGUUAAACAAUUAUAUAAUACCCUGAAGGAUGCAUCCAUUCUCAUUCCCUUGCUUCCUUCAUUUCCAAAGGAAGAGGUAUUGCCCAUAUUUCCGAGGCUAGUUGAUCUUCCGCUUGAGAGAUUCCAAGAUGCGCUUGCUCGGAUAUUGCAGGGAACUGCUCAUACUGGUCCAGCAUUGACUCCUGCUGAAGUUCUGAUUGCAAUUCAUGAUAUUAACCCAGAGAAAGAUAAAGUUGCCUUAAAAAAGGUCACAGAUGCUUGCACAGCAUGCUUUGAGCAGCGUACGGUAUUUACUCAGCAAGUCUUGGAGAAGUCACUGAAUCAAUUGGUUGACAGGAUACCAAUUCCUCUUCUUUUUAUGAGAACAGUUAUUCAAGCACUUGAUGCUUUCCCAGCUUUGGUUGAUUUUGUCAUGGGAAUACUCUCCAGGCUUGUCAAUAAACAGAUAUGGAAAAUGCCAAAGCUAUGGGUUGGGUUUUUAAAAUUGGCAUUCCAGACUCAGCCACGUUCUUUCGAUGUCUUAUUACAGCUACCUCCAUCACAGCUUGAAUAUAUGUUGAAUAAGUAUCCCAAUCUUCGAACACCUCUUUCUUCCUUUGUUAAUCAGCGGAACAUGCAUACCACCUUGCCCAGACAGAUUUUGAAAAUUCUGGGCUUCUUUAGCGAACCUCAGCAGGCACCAAUAUCGUUUGUGCCUGCUACAUUACAGACAGCAGAUGCAGCCUCCUCUCUUCCCGGUGCAACCCUGAUGUGAGUACGAUGUUGUAGUACCAAUCGGAUGCACAUACAGAUCUUUGUGGACAGUAGUGAUAUGGGCUUGUGGAAUGGAGCAUGGACCCUCAGACAUGCUGCUAUUCUGUGAUGACAAGUGGCUAUAAGUGAAGUCCACAAGGAGAUGUCGACAACAAAGAGAUAUUGACUGGAGCAACCAAGAUUGUUUCGAGUGAUGUCUGGUGAUUGUGCUUUAGGGCUUGAUUCUAUGAAUUGAAGUCCAUCCAAGUUGUAUAGUAGCUGUACUAUUAUGGCUAAAUGUCCCAUCGUCGAGGUGUGGGAGUCCCUCGAUUGCAGGCCCAGGCAAAGCAAAAGGACAGAGCUUAGGCUCUUUACAGGAACGUAACCCAUAUUACCUGAUCAAUAUCAUUGCCUUACCUGAAACAAGGAAGUCGGAUUGCAGCAGCUGCAUUCCCUUCGUAGGGAGUCGGAAUUUGACUAAUUUACUCUAACCAUUGCUGUAACAAUUUGUCUGUGUACAUUAGUAAAUUGAGUUUUGCUGCCAGUGUUAACAAACAUACCCGCUUCCAUCUGUUUCGUUAUGCUCUCUGGCGACAAUAAUUUACUGUCAUGAGAAUCCGCUAAUUAAGAAAACAAUAAAUGGUAGUGCUGUUAAUGUUUU